GGGUGUGUGUGUGUGUGUGUGUGUGUGUGUGUGUGUGUGUGUGUGUGUGUGUGUAUAAGUGAGUACAUGUGUACUAAGGUAUGGAGAAUCAGAGCAAGUGGUCAGUCCAGUUCAGUCCAGUUCAAGUGUUCAGCAGUGUAAUGGCUUGUAGAUAGAAACUGUCUCUGAGCCUGUUGGUAUCAGACCUCAUGCGCUGAUGCCUUCUGCCCGACGGUAAGGUAGAGAACAGCUUGUGGCUGUGGUGUGUGGGGUUAAGGUUAGGGUUAGGGGUUAGGGAAAAUGGGAUUUUGAAGGGGAAUCAAUGUCGGUUUCCAAAAAGUCCUCACAAGUAUAGUAAGACAUAGUUGUGUGUCUGUGUUUAUGCCUGCUUGAGUGUGUGCAUGCAUGCUUGUGUGUGUGUGCCUGUGUCUUAGCAGGUGUCUGGUGUUUCUCAGUAAUCUUCCUCACCCUCCGUCCCCCGUCCCCGGGUCCAGAGAUCGGUUUGAAGUUUGAAGCCCCCCAGCUUUGGUUGUCUCUUUCUCAGCUCUAUGUGCAGCUGGUGCUGCAGCUGGUGCUACAGCGAUAGUGCAUUCCAAAUGGCACCCUAUUCCCUAUAUAGUGCACUACUUUUGACCAGCUUUGGUCAAAAGUAGUAUAAUAUAUAUACAGGGAAGCUGGUCAAAAGUAGUGCACGCAAUAGGGAAUAGGGUGCCAUUUGGGACGCAAGUCUACAGUGUCAGUCAGACGCCAGCUGCUCUGCUCUGUACUGUAGGAAACCAAGCAGCACUCAGCACAGAGCAGCACUCCCCUGGCACAGCACCAGCAUUUACCUAACCUUAUGGAGAUGAAUCAAGAAACCCAGCCAUGUUUACAUAAGCUAAGUGUCUUCAGGCACAAAUCCACCAUCCAAAAGAAAACACCCUUCAGGUUGGAGGUAGAGAGGAGACUCAGUGACAUAAAGAAAACACCCUUCAGGUUGGAGGUAGAGAGGAGACUCAGUGACAUAAAGAAAACACCCUUCAGGUUGGAGGUAGAGAGGAGACUCAGUGACAUAAAGAAAACACCCUUCAGGUUGGAGGUAGAGAGGAGACUAAGUGACAUAAAGAAAACACCCUUCAGGUUGGAGGUAGAGAGGAGACUCAGUGACAUAAAGAAAACACCCUUCAGGUUGGAGGUAGAGAGGAGACUCAGUGACAUAAAGAAAACACCCUUCAGGUUGGAGGUAGAGAGGAGACUCAGUGACAUAAAGAAAACACCCUUCAGGUUGGAGGUAGAGAGGAGACUCAGUGACAUAAAGAAAACACCCUUCAGGUUGGAGGUAGAGAGGAGACUCAGUGACAUAAAGAAAACACCCUUCAGGUUGGAGGUAGAGAGGAGACUCAGUGACAUAAAGAAAACACCCUUCAGGUUGGAGGUAGAGAGGAGACUCAGUGACAUAAAGAAAACACCCUUCAGGUUGGAGGUAGAGAGGAGACUCAGUGACAUAAAGAAAACACCCUUCAGGUUGGAGGUAGAGAGGAGACUCAGUGGCAUAACGAAAACACCCUUCAGGUUGGAGGUAGAGAGGAGACUCAGUGACAUAAAGAAAACACCCUUCAGGUUGGAGGUAGAGAGGAGACUAAGUGACAUAAAGAAAACACCCUUCAGGUUGGAGGUAGAGAGGAGACUCCGUGACAUAAAGAAAACAUUGUCUGCUUCCCAAAUGGCACUCCGUUCCCUACAUAGUGCAGUGUUUACUACUUUUGACCAGGGGCAAUAGGGCUCUGGCAAAAAGUUGUGCACUAUGUAGGCAAUAGACGUAGCCAAAGAAACUUUCUCCUCUUGGCUGGCUGGAAGAAGUAGGGUGUUGCAUGAUGCUUCAUACUGUUAUAUGAGUGAGACUGGUUACAUGUGAAGUGUUGUGGUCUGUCCAUGAAGCCCAGGGAGAAGUGACAGAUGGAUGGAUGGAUGGGUGGAUGGCUGACUGGCUGGCUGGGUUAGUGUUGUGAUACAAGGUACUAGUGUGUGUUUGUCUUGGCUGGGUUGCAAAUUAGAGAGAGCGAUAGAGCUAGAGAUAUGCGUCAACAGCAACCUUGAGAAAAUCCUCUGCAUUAAUCAUUAACAGUAGACUUGUACAUUU